AAUUGAAGAGGGAGAGGGAGUGAGAGACGGCAAAAACAAGUAGCAGCAGUCGGAUAUUAUCACUCCUUUGAUCAUUCUUGAAUCGAAAUAAAACACUUUUAUGCGCGUCCCCUCCCAAUAAUUUCCACCAUGAACGGCCGAGGAGGCGACGCGCCACCGCCCAAUGGCGGGGAGUUCCUCCUCCAACUCCUUCGAAACCCACCCAACUCAAACCCUCCUACUCCCUCGCCACUGCACCACCCACCAUCCCAGACCUUCUCCCAGGACCCGGCCGUUGCGGCCGUCGGACCCACAAUUCCGUCCUUCCCGCUUCCGCACUCGGCGUUUCCAUCCAACGGCCAUGAUUUUCUUUACCGCCCGGCUAAUCCCUCUCCUUCCCCCCCUUUUGCUCCCCACAAUUACUUCCAGCAAAACCCUAAUGUCAAACCUAAUUUAAACCCUGAUUUCUCCUCUCCUUCCGCCGGAUUCAAUUAUGCGUUGCAUCAAUUUAAUCUUCAUUCCAACCGCAUCUCGCCCGGUGAUGAUAUGAGGAAAUUAGCGUCUUAUGGCGACAAUUCCAAGUCAAGCGUGCCUCAUCAGCAGGAGCAGAAUAUCAUCUUUGGGUCUCUAAAUCGUGAUAUCCUACAUAGUGAUCCUGCAAGUGUUUUGCGUCAGAGUUUAUAUCGAGAGAAUAGACUAGGGAAUUCAUAUCAGGAGGAGGGUUUGCGGAUGGACAGAAUGCUAAACGGGUUUCGCGUGAAUUCUAUUGAUAUUGAUGGGAGUGCGCGAGGGAAUUCUACUAUAUUGAGGGCUUACGAGCAAGAAGUAAGUAGUAAUAGUGAUAACAGGAGAAAGCAAGUGGACAAUGGGAGUUACAGGGCCGUGGCACCGCCACCAGGAUUUUCGAGUAAUGUGAAGAAUGUGAGAAACAGAGAGUUUGGUUAUGGGAGGACUUCUGUUCAUGAUUUGGAUAAGGGUAAGGCUAAUUUUGGUGAUUUAUGUAGGAAUGACAGAUCAGGUAAUCAGCUUGAUUCCCCUGCCCCACCAGCUAGAAGCAGCCUGCAGUCUGUUUCGGCUUUUGAUAUUGAGGAAUCUAUGAUGGAACUCCAUGGUAAGGAUGGUGAAAAUGGUGAAGAAUUGAUAUGUGGUGGGCGGGAUAAGGUGAACAGAGGGCAGACCGAGAUUCAUGAUUUGGAGGAUCAGCUUGUGGGUUCUCUGGGACUUGAAGAUGAAUCUGGCGAGAGGAGUGAUAAAAAGAAACAUUAUCGUGACAAGGAUUAUAGAUCUGAUAAGAGAGGACAAUGGAUAAUGGGUCAGAGAAUGAGGAAUGUUAAGAGGCAGAUGGCCUGUCGAAGUGACAUAAACAGUUUUAAUGCUCCAUUUUUAGCAGUGUUUGAGUCGUUAAUUCCAGCUGAUGAAGAAAAGGUCAAGCAAAAACAACUGAUGAUGCUACUGGAGAAGCAUGUCAGCAAGGAGUGGCCGGAGGCUCGAUUACAUGUUUAUGGAUCAUGUGCCAACUCGUUUGGCUUUUCAAAGAGUGACAUUGAUGUCUGCCUUGCUAUGGAACUUGGCAAUAUUGACAAGUCAGAAAUCUUGCUAAAGCUGGCAGAUAUUUUGCAGUCAGACAAUCUGCAGAAUGUGCAGGCACUUACGCGUGCCAGAGUUCCUAUAGUUAAGCUCAAGGAUCCAGUUACUGGUAUCUCCUGUGACAUUUGUGUAAACAAUGUGCUGGCUGUUGUAAAUACAAAACUGCUUCGAGAUUAUGCUCAGAUAGAUGUAAGACUCCGGCAGUUGGCGUUCAUUAUCAAACACUGGGCUAAAUCAAGAGGAGUAAAUGAAACUUACCAAGGAACACUAUCAAGUUAUGCGUAUGUAUUAAUGUGCAUUCAUUUCUUACAACAGCGCAGACCUGCCAUUCUUCCAUGCUUGCAGGGAAUGGAGAUUACUUAUUUUACAAUUGUGGACAACGUUGAAUGUGCUUAUUUUGAUCAAGUGGAAAAGCUUCAGAAUUUUGGGUUGCGGAAUGGGGAAAGUAUUGCUCAAUUAGUGUGGGCCUUUUUCCAUUAUUGGGCUUAUUGUCAUGAUUACGCAAAUGACGUUAUAUCAGUUCGUACAGGAAGUACACUGAGCAAGAGAGCUAAGGACUGGACUAGGAGGGUUGGCAAUGACCGGCACUUGAUAUGCAUUGAGGAUCCAUUUGAGGUAUCUCAUGAUCUUGGCCGGGUGGUGGACAAAUACAGCAUAAGGGUCCUGCGAGAAGAGUUUGAACGUGCCGCGGAGAUUAUGCAAUAUGAUCAUAAUCCUUGUGUGACUUUGUUUGAACCCUAUAUCCCUAAUUAAUGUUUUGUAGGCGUGGUGUAGAAUUUGUGGUAAUUAUGGUCAACUUGUAAAGUUGGUAUCGUCAAACUUAUUAGGUGUGUCUAGGUUAUUUAUUCCUUGGUUGAAAUGUAGCAAGAAAUCGUCAAUGGAAGCAAGCACCUCACCUGCUUGCUGCAUAUCUUGCAAUUUUGUUGGGCUGCAUUGAGCUGGCACUGUACUAUGUGGAGUGGACGCUAGUUACAGGUGCGCGCUAGCGGUAAUGUUCUUUUGGAAAUGGGCAAUCACUGUAGAGGGAGAAGUUUGAAAUUACUUUAUCAAAUUUAGGUUUCAAUUUUUAAUUUUCAUCUGCUUGAACAUGUAAAGAUAUGUUUAUAUAUAUAUAUAUAUAUAUUGAGAAAUUAA